GCUAAAUACAAACAUUAAUGGAUAUUAUGUACAAUAACCAUUCUACUACCCAUAUGGGUUCUAGUAUUUUAUAAUGCCAGCACCAAUUGCAUUCACUAAUACAUAGAUAAUUAACUAUCCAAAUUAAGUUAAGCAUAAUAAUACUUAAACAAAUGAUAUAUCUAUCGAAGUGAACAAACCACAGGAAGAGCAAAAACUAAAAACUAUAUCUGAAACCGAGAGUCAAUUCGAUUCUGAUAGUAGCAAUGAAGAUUCUAGAGAUUAACCAGCGAGACCCAAAUCAAUUAAGCUCAAUCUAACCAAAAAAAUUAAGACGCCUAACCUAUUAGUUAAAUCUACAAACAUCCAAAAAAAUUAUGCCAAAGCUAUGGUGUCCUAUGCUUGUCGUUAGCGCGCUUUGGUUUUUGAGACUCUAGGAGAACAGGGUGGAGAAGAAUUUCUUAAGUUAAUGAUAAGACUGAAAAAUAGACUUAGAAAUGUUGCACACAUUACAAGAUUUACUCAUGUAGAAGAAUUUUUAUCAUUGUUCAGAAUUUUGGGAAACAAUUUUAUGAAGAAGGACUCAGUUAGUUACAUCUAUAACUCCAAGAUAUAAUAGAAGAGCUGCCACUUAUCCAAUAUGACUAUUGUUAGGAAUUCUCUUUUAAAGUAUUGA